GGUUUUAGGUGUCUUGGGGCUUGCAGACACUAUAAAGCCUGCAUUGCAUGACACCUGCUCAGGUACCAGCAAAGGACAUCACACCUUCUUCAGACAUGAUUCUACCUCUUUGUCUCCCUCUGUUGGUUGUGCUCUUGCAGCCGGCACUGUGUCUCUACAACUGCUCCUCCGAAUAUGAGAGGACCCCAGACAACUCAGACCUGACAGUUGACUGUGGCACCAGCGUGAUCACCCUGGAGAUCAACCUGUGUACAGCUCAGUGGUCCGGUUUCAACACAACAGACCUGGCUCUGAAUGGAAACCACAACACCUCAGACUGUCUUGGCUCUGUCGAUACAAGUGUAGACCCUCCAAUCAUCCGUUACCAGCUUCCUGUCAAUCACAGCCAGGAUAACCCCUGCCGACAAUCUCUGCAGAUUGUAGACGAAGCCCCAGACCCUUCAGGUCCCUUUAGCAGCUUCGUAAGCAUCCAGUCAGUUAUCAUCACUGGGUACAUUGACACACCCAGAUCUGACCAGGGGCUGAUCAGCUACUCAACAGACCUCUACUAUCACUUCUCCUGCCGCUACCCGCUGGAGUAUCUGAUCAACAACACACAAAUUGUGGCCUCUUCAGUGUCUGUGGCAACCAGUGAUAAUAAUGGCACCUUCAUUGAUACACUGAUGAUGGGUGUUUACAAUAACUCUGACUACCUCUACCCAUUAGUGGUACCUUCAUCUGGACUAGAGCUACGGACCAGGAUCUAUGUAGAGGUCAAGGCUGUUAACCUAACAGGAAAUUUCUAUAUUCUGCUGGACCACUGCUUUGGUACUCCCACAGCGUACAACAUGUCACAGACUGAGCAGCACAACUUUUUCACUGGCUGUUCAGUGGACCAGAGGACAUCAGUGACAAACAAUGGCCUCUCCAAGGAGGCUCGCUUUGACUUCGAGGCCUUCCGCUUUGUUCAGCACCGUGACCAGGCCAAGUCAAGCAUCUACCUGCACUGCAUACUGAGACUGUGUGAGCCCAGCAAAUGCCAAGAGCUGCUCUCUGCUUGUAACAACAGAAGGAAAAGAUCUUUGACUCCUUUUGGAGAAGAAGGCAGUGAAUCUGCCACUGUCUCAGUGGGACCUAUUUACACCGCCAAUGCAGAUACUCCAUAUGCAGCUGGCUACAGUCAUAACGUGGCUCCAGGGAUGGAGGAGGUGAACGUGACAGGCCUGGUGGUAGGGGUGGUGUUUGGGUCAGCUGCUGCUGCUGCACUGGUUCUUGGUGGCUGGUUUGCCCUGAAGAAGUUUUAUUGGGUGGGUGGAUUACCUCAUGCUCUUAACUGACAGAUCGAUGUGCAUAUCCUCUUUCUUGUAUAAAAUCUUUUGUCUGUUAUUACCACACAUGUAUUCAGAAGUCAGUGUCAGAUUACAGAGGAACAGUCAAACUACAACUGUGGUUCAUUGAAGAACAAAUUCCAUUUAUUUUAUUUUAUAAGUUUGCUUUAAAGCUCCUGUGAGGAUUUUUUUUUUGCUGGUUACAAAAACAUUUAAAUGAAAGCUAUUUUCUUCAUUACUUUCAAAAAGUUCAUCAGCAUAAAGACUUUUUCCAUUAAGUUAUCGGGCACAAUUUAUAGGCUCACACUACACAUGGUUAUGGACUGUAACAGAAAUCUGUGGAGUUCACGUUAAAAAGUCUCACACAACAAAGUUGAAUUCAUAUCUUGUUACAUCCUCUCUUUCUCUCUAACGCUAUCUCUCCCUCUGUCACACACACACACACAAACAACAUUGCCAUUUGUGUCAGUUGGAGGCAUAUUUCCUGCUUGUUCCCUUUAUGAGGGCAUUAGAAAGUCAUUCCUGCUUUUUUUCAUGGUGAUUUAGGACGUUGUCUGACAGUUUACGAAGGAAAAAUGUCCCUCAGUUGUGGAUUCUGCUCGUAGCUCUGUGCAUCUGUGGAGUGAGUGGAGUUAUACGACCAAAAUACCAAACAUGCUGGAAAUCAUUCCAACCAGUUAGGAGUAGCUAGUUGGGCUGUAGUCGGGUCAUGAUCGGCUGACGUGUUUCCCUGUGCACAGCAGGACAAAGGGCACAUGAUCUGGCUGAAAGUUGGCGCUACUUCCAUGUGAGUUGUGCGACUCAAAAAGCAGCUAAAUCAGAUGAUAUUCACACAGUGUAUG